CUAUAAAGCACCUGCCCGGCGCGGCUCCGGGGCCGUGCUGGGGAAAGGCAGCGUCCGCUCCUGGCCCGGGAGUAACCAGCCGCCAUGGCAAGCCGGCCCGCAGGCUUCGUUUCUCUUGCCAUCACCCUUUGCAUCCUGCUGGGAGAAGGUAUGGGCCGUCCUCCCUUAGAGUCCCACCUAGCUGCAACCAGCAGCAGGCACUCCAGGACAAAGAGAUGUUCCUGCAACAGCUGGCAGGACAAGGAGUGCAUUUACUUCUGUCACCUGGAUAUUAUCUGGGUCAACACCCCCGGACAAACUGCUCCCUAUGGCUUGGGAAGCCCACCAAGUCGCCGCAAGAGAUCACUGAACAGAUGUGAGUGCUCGCACUCCAAGGACAGCAUCUGUGCUACCUUCUGCCAGGCAAAGCCUUGGUAUCUUGGGAACCUUAAGCUCCCACCGAGCCGUAGCGUAUAGGUAAAGAGCCCCCACAGCAGUGAUGAGAAGCAUCCACAAACUGAUCUUCUGAGAGCCUGACGGGACAUUGCUGUCUCUAACUCCCAGAUGGCAGCACCACUUUCAGAGGAAAGUUCAAGCAGCCUUGCCUGGAAGAAAAAGAUGCAGAGCAGGUAACAAUCCUGUUUUCUGGAAUAAUUUGGAGUCCUGUGGAUGCCACUGGCUCUUGCCAAGGUUGCCUGAAAGAGCAGAAGAAAAGACCAUGAUGGAAAAGCAGGAGAGGUGGACGAAGCAGAGGAGGCAGCUCAGCGCUCCAGAGACUGCUGUAAGGGAAAACAGCAUCUCCUCUUAUGUGGCCAUGGACACACUGUGAAGGUGGGAUCAGGCCUGUUGGAUCAGGACGGGGUUUUAUCAGUCAGAUACCAGCUAGAUUCCACACUGGAUUCUGCCCGUGGUCAGCAUGUCUCUGGAAUCCAUGCACUUAGGCCUAGAAAAAGCCAUGUUCAAUUCUGAACUUGGCAGCACCCCAAAAAUCCUGUACUGGAGGCCUGGUCUACAUGUUUGAACAGGGUUCCAGCUCCGCUGCUUUCAUCCAUGCUUUGGGUGGCCAUCACAGACUCGUGGACUGACGAGCUGCUGCCUCGUUGGGCUUGUCUUAGCACUUUUUCCUCUUUACUGCCCUGUCAAAGACAAUCUGAUGCAUGUUAAACUGGGAUUCCCACGUAACAUACCAGCUAACCAGGCUCUGGCUUUCUCCUGGUAAGCCAUUUGCUUGAUGUCCCUUCUCCAUGAAUGGCUCAAGUGUAGACCGAAAAUAGCCUGUUUAAAUCUGAACCUGUGUUAAAUCCAAGCUCUGCACACCUGGCUCCACAGCGAGUGGGUGGGGAAACUCAGGUAGAGCUGCAUUUCUUUUAUUGUCUCCUCUGUUGCUGCUGGGAGUGUUGCAGGUCACAUUUGUUACAUGGGGAGGGGGAAAUUCAGAGCCAAACUACUAGUCCCAACAAGUGCGGUGGUGUGAAUGUUGUCAUGUCCUUAGACAUGUAAUUAGCAGGGUAGAACAUUGUAACUAGGUUAUUCUUAACUUAGCCCUCCCAGCUUGCUGAUAUGCACAGAGCACUCCACUGAAGGAGAAGCUGGGGGCAGUGAAGAGAGGUAGUGGGGGAAGGUGCAAUUGCUUGCUGCUUCACUUAGUGACAGACUGAAAGGGACAAAUGAUGACAUGCUCUGUGUGGCUCAUGGGGAAAGGCUUAGGCAAGAGGGAUGGGCUUAGGCAAAACCCAGGAUCAUGGCCACGUACAGUCCUGGAGCAUUAUAAUUCCACUGGCCCUCUGGGAGGAGUUCCACUGAAGAACACUGCAUCCAUGCUCUGGAAGAUCCUCUUGCCAGACUGAUGAAAUGUCAAGAGGGGGAGAGGCUGGGUUUGUAUCACAAAUGCUCUUCGAUUUCCCAGCAUACAACUUCUAUUACAGAGCCUGGCUGCAAAAUAUUCAUCUAGUUAGUGCAGAUACACCAACGCUCCUGAAAUCUUUGCUGAAAUGUCAAUUCUGGCUGGGACCUCACUCUUUCACAUGAACACUUAAAAAGGGUGCUGGUGGACUGAACCAUACUCGUAUUGUAGUCUAGUCCCAUUGGGUGUGCAAAACACUUCCUCUGUUCUCUUUUGAGAAAGAGAACAAUGAGACCAGCUAAUCCACGUAUCAGUAUGUAGAACAGUCGAGACAAAAAUCCUCUGGUGUCUGGAGCUGGAGAGAAAAGCAUGGCGUUUGUUUGUAUGUUUUUUGCCUUCUGAAGGUUUAAAUCAUCCUGAAAGGAUUUGAUAAAUUCCUGUUUGAAAGGGAAACUUUGCACACUGUUUAAUGUUCUAAGUUGUGUCAUUUUAAAUCAAACUACUGGUUUAAAUUGCUCUGUGUGUCCUGUCCCCUCCUGGAAUGGAGUAAUUUAUAGCAUGCACCCAACAUUUCAGUAUAUUUAUUUUAACCUAUUUUUAGACAGUAAUUAAUUUGCAAAUAUGUAAACUUUAAUUUGUAAUAAAUGAUGGUAAAAGGUGA